UGGGGGAAAUUGAGGGACAGAAUGAACUGGAGAUAGAACAGGAGAGAGAGAUGGAAGAAAAGCAGGAAGUGAUUAAGGAAGCAGAGGAAGAGUACAGGGAAAGAGAAGAGAGAGGAAAGGAAGUAAGCAUGAAGAAACAUGUAGUAGUUAAUGUUAAAGCAAAAGCACGGGAAGUCUUCAAUAGGCGUAAAGAGAGGAGGUUAGAAGUGUUGAAGGGGGAACGAGAACACAUAGAAAGAGGACAACAAAUCAGGAGGGAGAAGGAGGAAAGACGGCUGGAGAUGGAAAGAAAACAGGAGAGGGCAAGACAACAAGAGGAGCAGGAUAAAAAACGAGAGAUUGAAAUUGCUAGACAGAAAGAAAUGUUGAGACUAAGAGAGGAGGAGAGGCAGAGAGAGGAAGAGAGAGAGGAGGAGAGAAAGAAAGCCAUUAAAUCCCAUUUAUCUUUAAUCAGAGAGAGAGAAGAAAUAAUACAGGCAAAAAAAAGAGAGGAGAUGGUGGAAGAGGAAAGAAGGGAGAUCCUUGAGUACAAGAGGGGUGACUUAGAGGAGGAGGAGAAGGAAGAUGACAAGGAGGACAUUCUCUCACCCGAUAAAAGUAUCCGAAGGAGAGCUGUGGGCUGGGUGAAUAAGAAGUGGGAGAAGAGGAACAUCAGAAAGAUAGAGAGAACGUAUCAGAGAGAGGCUGAGGAGGGCCAUAAGAUCGUCCACAUAGCCAUCCCUGGACACACAAGGCUAACAUCCACCAUGACCCGGGCAGAGAGAGAGAGGGAGAAGAGGAAGGAGCUGCUGAAGGCUGAGGAGAGAAGGAAGAAGAUGGAGGAUUUCAAUAAGCAGUGGAGAGAGCGGUCCCUGCUUAAAAAACAGACUCAUCAACAACUGAAGGAGGAGAGGGAGAGGAUGAAGGAAAACUACCUGGAGCAGAUUAAUCUGGAGGCUGAUGCUCAAAUCAACACCCGGUGUCUAACCACCCAACACAGCCACGAUUACAACCACGGUCAGGAGUUGCCCUGCUGGGCCACAGGCCAACAAGUAAGCCAAGAGCCCACUGGAUCUGCUGAUGGCCACCAGGAAAGGCCAAGGAGGCAACAGGCAUGGGCAGAGAACCAGGAGGGGAGUUCAGAGAACCAGCAGGAGGGGCCAGAGAACCAUCAGGGGGGGCCAGACAGCCAGCAGCUAGAAGCUCCAGAAGAGGUUGAAACAUCAGAGCGAAUAUCCAAGACAAAGAAAAAGCCAAGCAUCUGGAAGAAAAUUAGGAUGAGGUAAAGAAUGUUUAAACAUCUAUUCAUGUUUUACACUGUUAAUAUACAUGUCAUCACUUUAAAAAGUGACAUUAUCCAAAUGUGAGGGUUUAGUGUACAUGCAACACACAUGU